AUGGAGCAGACAAAGAUCGAGACAGAGACAGUCGAGAACUGCGCUCGCACAGAAACAAUGGAUGGAGAAACUACCAAGAAAGGUGCACUUCUAAUGAGAUCCAAUGCCGACGAUCUCAGCAUUUGGCAAAGUGUGCGGCAAUACAAAUCGUUGGGCAUCGUGGCAAUGGCUGCGGCGUUUAGCGCGUCGUUGGACGGCUAUCAGAUUAACCUCAACGGUGGAAUUGUCGCAAACAAGGGCUUCAUCCGACAAUUCGCCAGUCCUGGCACUACGGUCAUCAAAGGCACUUAUGUCUCGGCCUGGGGUGGAAUCCAAUCUGCGGGCCAAACAGUUGGGCAAAUUCUUCUUCAAUAUGCUACCGAAGCGUUCGGUCGUAAAAUCGCGCUCUAUAUUAUCUGGCUUACUCUUGUAAUGAGCGUCUUUAUUGAAUCAUUUGCAACGCGUUGGGAUCACUGGCUUGUAGCAAAGCUCUUUUCUGGAAUGGGUGUCGGCAUGUUACAGUCUACGAUGCCUCUGUACCUGACUGAAAUUGCACCAACUCAAUUGCGUGGCUUCUACAUCAAUGCAUACAGCUUAUGGUUCGUGCUGGGACAGCUUUUCGCCUCGGUGGCUCUCAACAAGCUCAAUGCAGUGGAUCCCUACGAUUUCCGUACUCCCAUUUAUACACAGUGGGCAAUGAUAGGCGUCAUCAUCAUUAUAUUCAUACUAAUCCCUGAAACACCUUGGUGGCUCGUCAGCAAAGGAAAGUUUGACCAAGCAUCGAAGAUACUGCAACGAUACAAUGGCAAAAUCCAAGGCUAUGAUGUGCAACAACAGAUUAGUAUCAUGAGCAACACAAUUGAGGAGGAGCGUCGUAUCGCUGUCCAGAACUCUGAGCAAGGAAUGUGGGCAAUUUUCCAAGGCCGAAAUCUGAUUCGAUUCAUAAUUGCCGGAUGGCCCAAAAUCACCCAGCAGUUUGUCGGUUUGGCCGUGUUCAAUACGUAUGCUACGUACUUUUUUCAAUAUGCAGGCAGCAAAAACCCCUUCUUGGUUACUCUCAUUCUUUCUUGUGUUCAACUUCUCUCCAUGAUCCUAACGGCCACACUUACCGACCAAUUUGGUCGUCGACCUUUGACGAUCUACCCGUAUGGAGUAACCGUCUUGUCUGUACUCUGUUUGGGGAUCAUUGGCUGUUUUGAUUAUACCAAGUCAUCUACAAGUUCGCUCCUGAUAUUUUUCGCCUGUCUAGCUACAUUCUCCACAACCGGUGCCUCAGCCAUCGGAUAUGCCUAUGCAGCAGAAAUUCCUCAGCAACGACUCCGUGCGCAGACUGCUGGCUGGUCGCUGGCUUCGUCAAAUUUGAUCGCAAUCAUGUUCAGCUUCUGUACGCCGCUGAUGAUCAACGGGACAGUCACCCAGUGGGGUGUAAAGACUGGCUUUUUCUUCGCCGCCACAGGUGCCAUUUCCGUUGUCAUAGCCUGGUUUAUUCUUCCAGAAGUAACGCGUCGGACGCCUGGAGAAAUUGAUGAGAUGUUUGAGAAGAAGGUCAAUCUGCGCAAAUUCAAGUCCCACGUUACUGAGGUUCAGAUACGUGCCAGUCAGGAGCACGUAGAAAUGGAAUAA